UCGCAGCUACUAGGAGGCAGAGGACACAGAGAGGGAGGGGCUGGGGUCACCGACCGCUGGAAGAACAGAAGGGGUUGUGCUCCUGGCCGGGGAAGGAGAAAGGGGCGGGGCCAGCGGGCAGCGCGUGGAGGUGUCGAGCUCCUGGGACCCGCCGGUGCGCGGGGGUCCGUGGCCCUCGCUGACGCCUUGGCCGCUGCUGCCACCGCUUGGUCUCCGUCGGUCUGCGGGAGGCGGGUUAUGGCGGCCGCGGCAGUGGGCGCUGUGAAUGAGUUCUCCGGGUGGACGAGGGAAGAAGAAAGGCUCCGGCGGCCCCAGCAGCCCGGUGCCUCCGAGGCCUCCGCCCUCCUGCCAGGCCCCCGCCCCUCAAGCUGCAGGGCCGGCCCCUCCGCCCCGGUCGCCGCAUAAGCGGAACCUGUAUUACUUCUCCUACCCGCUCAUCGUAGGCUUCGCGCUGCUGCGUCUGGUGGCCUUCCACCUGGGGCUCCUCUUCGUGUGGCUCUGCCAGCGCUUCUCCCGCGCCCUCAUGGCCGCCAAGAGGAGCUCCCGGGCCGCGCCGGCGCCAGCCUCGGCCUCGUCCCCUGCGCCCGAGCCGGGUGGCGAGGCCGAGCACGUUCGGGCCUUCCACAAACAGGCCUUCGAGUACAUCUCCAUUGCCCUGCGCAUCGAUGAGGACGAGAAAGCAGGACAGAAGGAGCAAGCUGUGGAAUGGUAUAAGAAAGGUAUUGAAGAACUAGAAAAAGGAAUAGCUGUUAUAGUUACAGGACAAGGUGAACAGUGUGAAAGAGCUAGACGCCUUCAAGCUAAAAUGAUGACUAAUUUGGUUAUGGCCAAGGAUCGUUUACAACUUCUAGAGAAGCUGCAACCAGUUUUGCAAUUUUCCAAGUCACAAAYGGACGUCUAUAAUGACAAUACUAACUUGACAUGCCGAAAUGGACAUCUUCAGUCAGAAAGUGGAGCUGUUCCAAAAAGAAAAGAUCCCCUAACACAUGCUAGUAAUUCACUGCCUCGUUCAAAAACUGUUCUGAAAACUGGAUCCACAGGUCUUUCUGGUCACCACAGAGCACCUAGUUGUAGUGGUUUAUCCAUGGUUUCUGGAGCAAGACAAGGACCUGGUCCUGCAGCUGCCACUCAUAAGGGUACUCCGAAAACAAAUAGAACAAAUAAGCCUUCUACCCCUACAACUGCUCCUCGGAAAAAGAAAGACUUAAAGAAUUUUAGGAAUGUGGACAGCAACCUUGCUAAUCUUAUUAUGAAUGAAAUUGUGGACAAUGGAACAGCUGUUAAAUUUGAUGAUAUAGCUGGUCAAGAGUUGGCAAAACAAGCCUUGCAAGAAAUUGUUAUUCUUCCUUCUCUAAGACCUGAGUUGUUCACAGGGCUUAGAGCUCCUGCCAGAGGAUUGCUACUCUUUGGUCCACCUGGAAAUGGGAAGACAAUGCUGGCUAAAGCAGUAGCUGCAGAAUCUAAUGCAACCUUUUUUAAUAUAAGUGCUGCAAGUUUAACUUCAAAAUAUGUGGGGGAAGGUGAGAAAUUGGUGAGAGCUCUUUUUGCGGUGGCUCGAGAACUUCAGCCUUCUAUAAUUUUCAUAGAUGAAGUUGAUAGCCUUUUAUGUGAAAGAAGAGAAGGGGAGCAUGAUGCUAGUAGACGUCUAAAAACUGAAUUUCUAAUAGAAUUUGAUGGUGUACAGUCUGCUGGAGAUGACAGAGUACUUGUAAUGGGUGCCACUAACAGGCCACAAGAACUUGAUGAGGCUGUUCUCAGGCGUUUCAUCAAACGGGUAUAUGUGUCUUUACCAAAUGAAGAGACCAGACUACUUUUACUUAAGAAUCUGUUAUGUAAACAAGGAAGCCCACUGACGCAAAAAGAACUAGCACAACUUGCUAGAAUGACUGAUGGAUACUCAGGAAGUGAUCUAACAGCUCUGGCAAAAGAUGCAGCACUGGGUCCUAUCCGAGAACUGAAACCAGAACAGGUGAAGAAUAUGUCUGCCAGUGAGAUGAGAAAUAUUCGAUUGUCUGACUUCACGGAAUCCUUGAAAAAGAUAAAACGCAGUGUGAGUCCUCAAACCUUAGAAGCGUACAUACGGUGGAACAAGGACUUUGGAGAUACCACUGUUUAAAGAAAUGAAUUUGUAAGCCUGCAGAACAUUUUACUUAGCAAGAAAGAAACACAUGAUCUUCAGUGAACAAUUAUCAGUUACAGAAACUCAACCUAAGUUUACAAACUUUUCAAAGUCUUAAAAUUAUUUGUGCACCAAACUUGAAGAUGAAUGUGACAACAAAUAAAGUACACAACAUAAAUGGAAUAUUUUGUUGUUUAAGGCCUUCUUGCCUUGAUGUUCAUGGUUAUUUCAAUGGGCACUGUAAGGUAGAGCACAAGAAAAGCUGAUUCUGGUCUUCUUUACCAAUGUAGUUGUAAUGUAAAUAAUAAUUUGUAUAUUGUGUUGCAGAUGAAAGUAUUCUAGAGACAGUGAACAGUAGAAGACACAGAGCCUUUGGUUAUUUGUCUUAUGUUUUUUUCUUAAAAUAGUAAUUUUUCCUAUUAUUCUUUCCUAAUGUCUUAACUACCAGUGACUGGAAGAUCAAGCAUUCUUAGUUUCUUUUCUUGUUUUUCCUCAUUGUUCUCUUUUUUUACAAAUCCAGUGUGCCAAAUGAAACUUUCCCUAAUAGCAAUAGGGAAAAGCUAGUUUGAGGCUUUUUUCCUUCAUAAAUCUACAAACAUUAAACAGUUGUUUUAUUCAUUUUACUUUUUAUUUUUCUAUUACCUUACUGCCAAACAAUUUAGAAAGCAAUAUCGAAACAAAGUAAAUCUGGUAAAACAGAGGUUUGGGUUACUCUGUCAUGUAACAUGUAGAUUAGUCUUCAUAUAUCCUACAGGUUUUUUUUUCCUAAAAUGUCAAAAAUUUACUGUAGACUGUUACCUUAUUCCAGAUGGAAUUUAUUUUCUGAUAGAAUUAUUCUGAUAUUUAAGAGAGCCAAUUUUAACUGCUAUAAAAGUGGCUCCAGUGGGACAGAAGGGAAAUACUGGGAGCUAAGAUGUUUCUAAUUUAUUGCUUAUUACUUUCUUACUAUUUACAGAAUAAUUAUAAGCCUAUAGAACUACCAUCUUUUAUCUUAAUAAUUAUGAAUCCCUUCAAUGAACUUACAAUACUGAAUUUUUAUACACUGCAUACAUUUUAUAGGUUUCUUGUGCUUACUUUAUUAAAAAGUUUUAGUCUGUUGGUUAACUUUUUGUUUCCCCAAAAUGUACAGUAAUUCUGUUUCUUGUUUGUAUAAAUAUGCCUGGAGUUUUAUUAUAAAAAUGUCAUUGUAGGAAGUAGAGAUUCAUAUCAUGGCCUUUUAAAUAUUAUAAUAAAGGCAAAUGGAUGUUUGCCCUAGGUUUACUGGUUAAAAGUUUGUUUACAGAAUUUUUCUUUGGUGCUUAAAUGUAAAAUGUCGUAGUGAAAAAGAAUAAUUUUGUAGUAGUAACAAAGACUUUUCACUUAGGGAAAACGUUUUGAAAGAAUACAUUAAAAUACAACAACUGCCCCUACUGGACAAGAAUUUUACAAUGAAGAUAAUACAUUCUUCUUAUUUGUAUUCUUGGAUAGAAGGUGUAUGAUUUCUUAGGAUCAAAUGCUGUUUGUACUCAUAACUUAAAUCAUCUCUCUCAAUCAUGACUUUAGAACUCCCUGGCUAAUAAAAUGAGAGUUGAGAUAAAUACCAAAAGAAAAAAAAAUUAAGCCAAACCUGUGCUCUUUUAGGUCAUGGGUAGAGUGUAUCUUUUUAAGGUAUCAAAUGUUAAAGCACCAAUAUAAAAUACUGAUAAUGAAAAGAAGUAAUAAACAUAUAUAUGAGAAGAAUUGGAAAAUCUCAAAACCUUUUCAAUGAAGCUCACAAAAUUCUUUUUUAUUUAGAAAGGGAUUAACAUCAAUAUUUAGAUAACUUAGCAAUCAUAUUAAAGGACUGUGGUUCCAGCCCAAAUUUUAAAAUAUGAUUUCCCUUAAAAUUAUGAUUUAUAAUUCUAUUGGGAAAGUUUUUAGAUAGCAAAGAUUUCAUAAAAGUCAAGUUAAUAUCAUAAAAUUGAGUCAAUUAUAUUAUUGUCUAAAUAUCUACCUACAAAAAUUCCUUUGCUGAUUAAGUGUGAAUAAUGCUAGUACUAAAGAAAUAUUUUCUGUGAUGUACUACAACCAAGUUUUAAGUUGUGUUUCUUUUAUAGAAGGGCCAUGAAAGCAGAAUAAUUACAUAGUAGGAGGUAAGGGAUUGGUUUGGUCAUUUUCAAUAAAAAUAGAAGCUGUGGAUGUUUUCUGAAUUAAUAUUAGCCAUAGAUUGUAACCUUUUAUAUUUCAUGUUGAGCUCUGUUAUAUUAUUUUUUAAAACUGUUAUAUUCAGUGCUUGAAUAUGAAGCAUUGGUGUGCUCUUCAUGUUAAUAUGGCAGAGUUUUGUGAACUAAAUUGAAACUUAUUGUCGUUCUGAACUUUGAGCCUAAAGAAAAAAAUCAGUACUAUAUUUCCAAAAUGUAUUGGGAGUGAAAGCUUAUUCUGAAAACAGUAUGCCCAUUGAGGUUAUUAGGUUUCUGGCUUGCAUAUGUAUGCUUUGUGCUUGCGAAGAAUUGGAGAAAAAGCAAGUAGAAUUCUUAUUUAAAUACAUAUACAGCAGUCUUUGUUUAUAGUGUAAAGUUCUUUAUAUUUUGUACAAAAACUAAUUCUUUUGGUAAAAUGAACCAUUUACAGUUAUUUUGGACUCUUGAGUCAAAGGAUUUUCCUUUAAAUGCUUGUCUCAAUUUUAGUCUGGUCUUUUGUACUUAUUUCAGAAAAAAAAUGAAUUAAAGGGUAUAGCUGCAUAAAAUGGGUAUUUAUCCUAAUGGAUU